UAGGAUUAAAGAUGCUCUCUCUGGCCAGAGACAUUUAAUAUCAUCCAAAAUGGCUGCAUCCAUAUAUGCCACCCCACCGCCAGAUCUGAGCAGCGAGGACACUGCUCUCUCCGAUGUCUCCAACUCGUCGACACUCAACACGAACCGAGGCAGCAACAACAGCAACAAUACCCAUGAAGCCACAAGAGCAACAGCAACAGCAGGAACAGGAGCAGGAGCAGCAGCAGGAGGAGACGGAACCAUUUCACCCACGGAGCAGUUGGUCAAGGGGCAGGAGCAGGAGCAGGAGCCGAGGCCGAAGCCAGCGGGAAGCAGCACAAAUGAGGCAGACAAUGCCGAAGACGAUAUUGAAACGGAAACGGGAGAGGGAAAUGGAGAUAGAGUGGAGGAUGGAACGGGUGUGGAAGCAGCAGCGGAAACGGAAGAGGGGGCCACCAUGGCGGCCAUGGCAGCGACGGCGGCAGCGGCAGCCAAUGCGGCAGCCAUGCAGCUGCAGCUACUGGAAGCCCUCAGCGAUGCGGCCAAGAAGCGACGCAAGCAGCACAAUCCCAUUCGCCUGGAGGCCCUCAACCUCAGCGGAGGCGAAGGCGAACCACCAGCAGAGAUCGAGGAUCGCAGGAAGGACACUGCCACUCGGGUAGACUACGAGGAGAAGCUAUCGAAGAUGUUCCUGCCCAAGUCGAUGGAGAAACUGAAGGAGACCUUCGAGCUCCUGCAGCAGCACAAGCAAGAGGAGCCCGAGCAGAAUUCAGAUCCUUCCAGCGAACACAUAUCAGAGGACAAGCAUCAGCAUCAGCAUCAGCGGCGGAAUCCGUAUCAGACCUACUGCAAGCAGUGCGGCGAGAAUUUCGAGACCGAGUUCAAGCUCAGCCUCCACAUGCUGCAGGACCAUCGUGACGGAGAGAAUCAGGAUCAGGAUCGGGAUGGGAACGAACCCAUGGACUUUCUCAGCUCAAUCAAGGUGAAGCUGGAGCGGGAGGAGAGCCCCAAUCAGAUGCAGGAACAUAUGCAGAUGCAGUUGGACCACGACCUGUCCAAUGGCCAUGGCAAGGAGCAGGAGCAGGAACAGGAGCAGGAUCACUGGUUCCGUGCCAUGGCCCAGCAACAGCAGCAUCAUUCGCAUGGCUCGGCCCUGGCGCCCGCCUUUCCCUUUCCACCAGGCAUGGGUCCCGCUGGAUAUCUGCCGCUCCUCGGCAUGUCGGGAUUCCCCGGCGUGGAUGGAUUGAAUCGUCCACCGUUGCGGAUCUUCAAUCCGGAGGCCUACUGCGAGCUGUGCAACAAGGAGUUCUGCAACAAGUACUUCCUCAAGACGCACAAGGCCAACAAGCAUGGGAUCUUCGAUCCCGUGGGAGAGCCCCCAUCCAAUACUUCCAACAACAACAACAACAACAACAACACUACAAGCAGCAACAACAACAGUAACAGUGGCAGCUCCAUGAGCCACAUGUUCCAGCUACAGAGGGAGGCUCAGCCACCGCCGAGUGUGGCUCAGAAAACGGAUCAGUCCGCGGCCGCACCGCCGGCGGCCACGAUUCACUGCGACAUCUGUUCGAAGCGAUUCACCAACAUCUUUGCCAUGCGACGCCACCGAGCCAAGCAGCACGACCAAGCCGCUGACUCGUCGCCAAACUCCCAGCCUGGCCAGUCGCGACGCGGCAGUCCCAUUGAGUCGUCGCCCCAGAUCCAGUCCCUGACGCACCAGCCCAUCAAGCAGGAGACCCAGGCAGAGGUGGACAUCCCUAAGCCCUUUCAGCUGCCCGAGGGAUUCCGCGAGGACUUCUCCUUGGAGCAGGAGGAGGUGAACUUUGUGCCGCCGCCCCGAAAGCUGCCGUCGCACCUUCAGCAGCAGGCCAGGGAGUCCAACCUCAGUGCAGAGAAGCUGCGACGUCUAGGCGUCCAUUUCCCGGAGUUCUACUGUGAGAUGUGCCACAAGGAGUACGCCAACAGGUACUUCCUGCGCACCCACAAAUGGAAGCGGCAUGGGAUUUUCGUGCCCCCGGAGGAUUUGCCACAGAUUGGCAAGGACGAGGCACAGUUAAGUGGCUGGCCGUUUAUGCCCCUGAAUCUGAUGCUGGCCAAGGCAGCGGCCGCCGCUUCGAUGGAACAGACAGAGGCAGACCAGGAGCCUGAGCAGGAGCCAGAGCCCGAGCAGGAGCAAGAUCUGAUCGAACAGCCCAGCAAGCGGAUCAAACUGGAACCUGACCUGGACGAGGAGAAGCUAAACGGGUCCGUGAUGGGGCUGCAGAACCUCCAGAAGUUGCAAUCGAUGCUGCAGCAGCUCAACGACAUCAACGGGAAGAGACCCCUGCCAUGCCACCUGUGCGGCCGGGAGCUGGAGAACCAGUACGCUCUACGAGCGCAUCUUAUGACGGAGCACGCCGCCCAGAUGCAGCUACCGAUGCAGAUGCCUCUACAGAUGGCACCCAUGUCCAUGCCACUGCCCGAACAGCAUCCGCAACAGCUGCCUCUGCACGCCCUCUAUCAGCAGCAGGCAGCACCACAAACGCCCCCGAACGGAGGGGCUGGAGGAGCCAGAUCCUCGCCAGGCAGUGGCGAGGAAUUCAAGCAACAUAUCGCCGAGGCACACAUACCCAGGGGAGCGACCGCUCCGAGUGGGAGUCCACUGCGCGAGGGCUUCUACACGCCUGAGCGUCCGGUGGCACCACCCGCAGGCGCUGGCAGUGUCCCCGUUCCGCCACCGAAUCGGCCGGCCUACACGAUAACGCCAACGAGCAGCUACUGCGAGAUCUGCAACAAGGAGCUGUGCAACAAGUACUUCAUGAAGACCCACAUGCAGCGGAUGCACGGCAUCGAGAUCGAGAACGGUGCCCAGAUCGGGGGCGUUGUGUGCAACAUCUGCAACAAAGAGCUGUGCAGCAAGUACUUCCUGCGCGUCCACAAACACAACACGCACGGCAUAAUCGAGGAGGGCUCGCCCCUGCCGCAGCCGCGAGGACAGAACGGCGUCAAGCUAGAGGCGGCGGCCGCAGCCGCAGCGCAACAGGCUCCGCCAACACAGCCGGAGCAGGAGCUGAAUCUGACUCCUCCCGCAGCACCAGGCGGAGAGACCAACUCCGGCAGUGGCCACGAGGUGUGUCCGCUGUGUGCGCGACAAUUCCGCAGCUUCAAGUGGCUCCGCUCGCAUCUGAUGAACGAACACGGACCGGCCGGAGUGGAGCGGCUCAGGGAGCUGGAAGCCACGCAAGCAGCUCCGCCGCCGGCUCCAUCCGCGCGCAGCAAGCCCAACAGUCCUACGCUCAAGAUACCCAAUGGGAGCAACAGCAGCAGCAAUGCUCCAUCUGUAACGCCAUCCGUGGGCGCUGGCAAUCCUCCACCCAAUCUCGCCCAGGCUCUACAGAAUCUUAAUGCGCAGCAUCUUUUCGGACAGAUGCAGCAGCAGCAGGGGCCCAAGGGUAUGCAGGGCAUGCCACCAAUGCCACCUCUGCCCGGGAUGUUCGGGGAGCAAGCGCCACGCUUCAAGGAGUACCAGUGCUCCAUGUGCCCCUUCACCACGCCGUACUACGCAUUCCUCUUCAUCCACGAACGCUCGCAUGCCCUACUCAAUAGUGCCGAUGGGGUUGAGGCUUCUUUGGAAGCGCCACCGCCACCCCCAGCAGGACGCAGUCAAGGCAAGUCCCGCAGCAAGUCCAGUCGGGUGGCAGCAGCUCCGCCAGCUGUAGAAGAAGCUGAUCUCCACGUGGAACCCACCAACCUAAGCACCUCCAAGGCCACAACCCUCCAGAGAACCCACUCUCCUCCACAACACACACCAGGAACUCCCUCACCGAAGGCCACGGGCCGCUCCCAGUCGCCGAUGGCCGCAUCCAAGAACCGCUCACCGAAUCCAGGACGUCGCUCCUCCAAGUCCAUCACACCCAACGGGAUCGGAGGCGGCCAUCGGUCGGCCGCCACCUCGCCCUUUGAGGUGUGCAGCGAUCUGGCCAACGGCACCGGAAAGCCGGCAAGCUACGCUCAGCCGGAUCGGGCCGAAGAAGCAUAUCAGAUGCAGGCUUUCCAUCUGCAGCCAGCCGAUCCCGACUCGGAGAUGCAGUUUGCCCCGGCUCUGGUUUAUCUGCCCGUGAGGGUGCGGGCCUCGGAGUCGGCCACGUUGAGCUUCAGACUAACACCAGCCUAAGGACAAGGACGGGGAAAUGGAAAUGCAACCCCAUUUUACAGUGUUGCCAGCGUAAGUUCAACCCAAAAUACAACCCUGAUACAUUUAUCGAGAUCCUCCAUGAAACGAAAAAAUUAAAGCUAAAGUGACAGAUAACAGAAAAGAAAAUAAGAGUUAGGAACAUGAACAAGAGACAAAAUAGUGGAACUA